GAUAUGACGCCAUCUUCUCCGCGCACACAGCUGAUCGGAGACAGAAACAAUAACGAUCACACUCGUCAUUAUUGGCGGUUUGUAGCCCAGAGAAUGUGAAGCUCCGCGUUAGUGUCCGGGCUCACACGGGGCUGACUGUCAGCGGAAGCUGCUGCGGUGGCGACGAAGAGCUAAAGACGCUUAGUUUUGUUACAUCAGAGGCCUACCUGCGAUGCUAAGCUAAGUGCUAAGCUGUCACCGUUAGCACGGUAAACAGUUGGAGAAACAAGUGAGGGGGGGGUCCUUCCAGCUGUAAUUAGAGACGUUUGUGUGUCCGUGUCUGCUGCAGAUGUGUGGGGAGUCUGUGUAAGCCUGUCUGCUGACCACAGCCGCUCGCAGACCUCCUCUUGGCGCUUUCGCUCAGCCGUAAGAUGUGGUUGAAACUGUUCUUCUUGCUCUUAUAUUUCAUAGUGUUGUUUACGUUGGCGAGGAUUUUUGAGGCAGUAGUUUGGUAUGAGACUGGUAUGUUCGCUACGCAGCUUGUGGAUCCGGUUACUCUCAGUUACAAGAAGUUAAAGACCAUCCUGGAAUGUCGAGGGCUGGGAUACUCCGGGCUGGUCGAGAAGAAGGAUGUGAGCGAGCUGGUGGAGAAAUCAGGAGAGCUGACACAGGGGGAGCUGUACUCUGCCAUAAAGAAGCAGAAGGAGCAGACGGAGGCCGACGGCUCCAGCACCACACACUUCAGUGGAGAGGUGCACUUCUAUGAAUUAGUAGAGGACACUAAAGAUGGGAUCUGGUUACUGCAGGUCAUUGCUCAGGACCGGGAAGCUCUGCUCAGUCAGUCCAACUGGGGGAAGAUGGUACAGAAGGUGUCCCAGUUUGGUAUCAGAACUGGAACCUUCAACUGCUCCAAUGACUACAGGUCGUGCAUCAAGCGUGGCUGGCAGCGCUCCACCCUGAUCAUGUCGGUUCCCCAGACUUCAGCAUCAAAGGGCAAAGUCAUGCUUAAAGAGUACAAAGGGAGUCGGGUUGAAACUGAGCAGAUCUUCCGCUGGAUGACCUCACACGUGGCUCAUCGAAUCAAAACGCUGCAUCAUUCGGAGCAGCUCGUGGAGGAGUGGCGUUCUGACCCAGCUCAUCCACUGAAAAUGUUUCUGUUUGCCCGCCUGUCCCAGCCGCCGGCCUUUUUCUCCUCGCUGUCUGUCAAGUUCACCGGCAGGAUUGAGUUCAUCUUUGUGGAUGUGCGUCGUUGGGGUAACUAUAGCAGCCUAUCAGAGAUUGGUGUGACACGCAGCCCCGCCUACGUCCUUAAGAUGCCUGAGGGCAUAUAUCACUACGGCAACAGCACCGGGGAGUUCCUGUCCCUCGCUGCCAUGGAUACUUUCCUGCGCUCGGUCCAACCAGAGGUCAACGAUCUGUUCGUCUUCAGUUUGGUCCUCAUCAACCUGCUGGCCUGGAUGGACCUCUUCAUUACACAGGGAGCAACCGUGAAACGAUUUGUAGUUCUGAUCCGAACACUUGGGACCUACAACUCCAUCCUGCUGGUUUCCUGGCUGCCAGUUCUGGCUCUCCUUCAGCUGCCCUAUCUGGACAUUCUGCACGGCUACAGUCUGAAGCUGCUGCGUUAUGCUGACACCACUACACUGGCCAGCCUGGUGAGAGCUGACUGGACCUUCUACUCAUCCCACCCAGCUCUCUUCCUGUCUACCUAUCUAGCCCACGGCCUGCUGGUCGACUACUUUGAGAAGAAACGGCGCUGUGGCACCAGGAGCCAAGAAGACAGCCGGACAAACCUGGAGUGGCUGGCCAGUCUGUGGGACUGGUACACCUCCUACCUGCUCCAUCCCAUUGCAUCACUACAGCAGUUUCCAUCUGACCAGUCAGAGUGGGAAGAUGAUCCUAACUUCUUAUUUGAGCAUUUGGCUUUUCCUGAUCUGUGGCUUCGUCCAUUAGUAAACAUGGAUUACAUCAAAACGCUGCCGACCUGGAGGCUCAGAGCAGCCGGUCAGCCCAGGUUGGAGGCCUCUUGUGAAAAGGCGGAUAAAGAAACACGUCAGCAUUCAGACAAAGAGAGGAAGGAGCCUCCACAUGGUAGCAGCAGCCACAAGAGAUCACUAUGUAGUGUGAACUUCAGCUCACAGCUUCCUGCGUGCAGCGACGUGGAUGCCAGCGGCGGCCGUCCGUGUGCUGCUGAAUCAUCCAGGAAUGGAAGCUCGCUGUCAGCUGACAGGGCGGUGAAGGAUAACUGCGUCGUAUCUGACUGUGUUUCUAACCAUCAACACUGUGAUUGGUCGAUGUGGCCCUGUGACAUGCUUCAGUGUUCAGAAUGUGUGGUUUGUCUGGAGACCUUUGUGAGCGAGGAGGUACUGAUGGGUCUCCCCUGUGGCCACGCCUUCCACCAGCAGUGCAUUGUGGUAUGGUUGGCAGCGGGCAGACACUGCUGUCCAGUAUGUCGCUGGCCCAGCUACAAAAAGAAACAGCAGAGGGCUCAGAGUAGUUCUGACAACACAGUGCAGGACUGAUGAGAUAGCCUUCAGUUUCUCCUCUUCGUGUCUCUUCAGACUCUCUAACCAUCAAGAAUAAUUAAGAAGGAAACGUGGUCGGUAAGCGUGAUUAGGGCGGCGUUAUUAUGAGCCAUUAGUACUCUUUGCUUCCAUUCCUGUUGAUGAGCAGGGCCAUCAAAGCCCAGCUGCAACGCUUCUUAUCUAGACAGACGUUGACUCUCACAGUAACCAUGUGUGUAGCCACAAUAAACAAUGUAGUGCAGUGAAAACA